AUGAAGUUCUCCCAGGUCUUGACCAUUGCCUACUUGGCCGCCGGCAGCGCUGCCGAUGAGCAGCAGCCCAGCCAGGCCGUCAACCCUGCUGCUGAGUCGUGGACAUGGAAACCUGUCAGCAAGCCGCCUGAACCUAGCAAGCCGCCGGUCUCUACCAGGCCGCAUGAGUCUACCAGCAUACAUGAGCCUACCAGGACGCAUGAGUCUACCAGGGCACAUGAGUCUAGUAAGGCACGGGUAUCUACCAGGGCACAUGAGUCUAGCAAGAGGCGUGAGACUACCAGGACGCAUGAAUCUAGCAAGAGGCGCGAGUCUACCAGGACGCAUGAGUUUAGCAGGGCACAUGAGUCUACCAGGCCACAUGAAUCUAGCAAGAGGCGUGAGUCUACCAGGCCGCAUGGGUCUACCAGGACACAUGAGUCUAGCAAGACCACGGAGCACAAGACCAAGACCGAGACCAAGACCGAGACCAAGACUAGGGAGCACAAGACCACGGAGACGGAAACAAAGCGCAGGACCAAGACGGAGCGCGAGACCAGAACCAAGGAGCAUAACGCCACAGAGACGGAGACAGAGCGCAGGACUAAGACGGAGCGCCAGACCAGAACCAAGGAGCAGACGGCCACAGAGACGGAGACGGAGCGCAAGACCAAGACGGAGCGCGAGACCAGAACCAGGGAGCAUAACGCCACAGAGACGGAAACAGAGCGCAGGACCAAGACGGAGCGCCAGACCAGAACCAAGGAGCAGACGGCCAUAGAGACGGAAACGGAGCGCAGGACUAAGACGGAGCGCCAGACCGAGACGGAGCGUAGGACCAAUACAGAGCGCGAGACUAGGACAAAGGAGCAUAAGGCCACCGAGACGGAAACGAAGCGCCAGACCGAGACGGAGCGCAGGACCAAGACAGAGCGCGAGACUAGGACCAAGGAGCAUAAGGCCACGGAGACGGAGACGGAGCGCCAGACCGAGACGGAGCGUAGGACCAAGACAGAGCGCGAGACUAGGACAAAGGAGCACAAGGCCACGGAAACGGAAACGGAGCGUAAGACCGAGACCGAGCGCAAGACAAAGACAGAGCGUGAGACCCGGACCAAGGAGCACAAGGCCACCGAGACCGAGACCGAGCGUAAGACCCGGACCAAGGAGCACAAGGCCACAGAGACGGAGCUCAAGACCCGGACCAGGGAGCACAAGGCCACGGAGACGGCGCACAAGACCAAGGAACGCCCGAUUGAGGUCACCACCAAAGUCAUUUCCACGGCUUUUACCACUUUCUUCCCGGUGCCCACUACUCUCACCGUUAAUACUGAGACGUUCACUGUCAUUACUCCUACCACCCUCACCUUCACCAACUGCCCAUGCACCAUUACUCAACCCAUAAUCCCUCCUCCCCAGACUGAAACUCAGGUUAUUCGUCCUCCUCGUCCCCAGACCGGAACCCAAGUUGUUGUUCCUCAUACCGAAACCGAAGCUCCUCUCCCCAUUUCCACUGCCGCCGCCGACAAGGCCAACGCUGGUAUUGGAGCUCUCGUUGCUGCCGGUUUCGCCGCCAUGUUGCUCUAA